AUGUGCACAGAGCCUACGGAUCGUUUCAAAAGUCUAACUCCUGUUUUUUGGCGACUACAUUCGGAAGCAAAAAAUGCCACGACCAGAUACAAAUACCUCCAGUUUGGAGUGCUCCAAGUGCUACCUCCAGUUUGGAGUGCUCCAAGUGCUACCUCCAGUUUGGAGUGCUCCAAGUGCUACCUCCAGUUUGGAGUGCUCCAAGUGCUACCUCCAGUUUGGAGUGCUCCAAGUGCUACCUCCAGUUUGGAGUGCUCCAAAUGUUACCUCCAGUUUGGAAUGCUCCAAGUGUUACCCCCAGUUUGGAGUGCUCCAAGUGUUACCCCCAGUUUGGAGUGCUCCAAGUGCUAUCUCCAGUUUGGAGUGCUCCAAGUGCUAUCUCCAGUUUGGAGUGCUCCAAAUGUUACCUCCAGUUUGGAAUGCUCCAAAUGUUACCUCCAGUUUGGAGUGCUCCAAGUGCUACCUCCAGUUUGGAGUGCUCCAAAUGUUACCUCCAGUUUGGAGUGCUCCAAGUGCUACCUCCAGUUUGGAGUGCUCCAAGUGUUACCUCCAGUUUGGAGUGCUCCAAGUGCUACCUCCAGUUUGGAGUGCUCCAAGUGCUACCUCCAGUUUGGAGUGCUCCAAGUGUUACCUCCAGUUUGGAGUGCUCCAAGUGCUACCUCCAGUUUGGAGUGCUCCAAGUGCUACCUCCAGUUUGGAGUGCUCCAAAUGUUACCUCCAGUUUGGAAUGCUCCAAGUGUUACCCCCAGUUUGGAGUGCUCCAAGUGUUACCCCCAGUUUGGAGUGCUCCAAGUGCUAUCUCCAGUUUGGAGUGCUCCAAGUGCUAUCUCCAGUUUGGAGUGCUCCAAAUGUUACCUCCAGUUUGGAAUGCUCCAAAUGUUACCUCCAGUUUGGAGUGCUCCAAGUGCUACCUCCAGUUUGGAGUGCUCCAAAUGUUACCUCCAGUUUGGAGUGCUCCAAGUGUUACCUCCAGUUUGGAGUGCUCCAAGUGUUACCUCCAGUUUGGAGUGCUCCAAGUGUUACCUACAGUUUGGAGUGCUCCAAAUGUUACCUCCAGUUUGGAGUGCUAGAAACUGGAAACUAUACAAUGAAAUGCACGUUUCUUUCAUCAAGCGCGUAUCCCAAGAAUCUUCACCACCUAGAGACAUGCUCAUGCUUGAUGACCUACUGAUAAAACAAAACCUAGAUCAUAGAAUCUAUAGAGAUAUCAACUGGUUGUGGGAGUCGUGA